AUGCUGGGCUGCCGAGUUCGGCGGCGGCGGCGGCCAGGGCCAACUCGCCCGCCGUGGUUUGUACUCGCUCAUCGAGACAACGCAGCCGCCGCCGCUAAGUCAGUCACGCGUUUGGAUUCCGACCCGGGCCGGAAUCGGCAUCCCUUCGCGAGAAGCGACAUGCGGGCGGCUGGCAGCACGUUCCCCAAGUGGAGGAGCGCCACACAGGCCGCCGCGGCGCCCCGAGGUCCCCUCCACCUGAGACACCCUGCGCCCGCCGAGGGGCCGCCUGCCGCCCUUGCCCACCUCCUGGAACUCGGUGUGGCGCCCCGGCCCCCCGCCUCGGGUCCCCGAGGGCUCCGGGAGGGCGGGGGAGAGGCCCCCCCGGGCCGCCCGAGCCCACCUGGCCCGCGGCGCCUGCCGCCCCCCACCCCUUCGCCGCGCAGGGCUGUAAUAAUCACAUCCUCAUUAUUUCUCGUGCGAUCGUUAGGGAAAGAGCCCGAGAACAGCAACAGCAGCUGCCGGGGGAGGCUUAGUUACAAAACCCUGCGCCGGGGAGCGCUUCGCUUAGCAACCGCCCCGAAAGGAGCCCCCGGGCUCCCGGCUCGCACUCGGAGGGCCCAGCCGCGGCGACCCCCUCCCGGCCCCGGGCCCGGGCCCCGCCGGCCGCCAGGGGCCCCUCCCCGCCCCCGCGACCCCGGCGCCCGGCCCCUUCCAUCCCUUCCCAGCCCGGGGCCGGGCGGCCACCUGCGCUUGGGGGAGGGGAAGCCCGGGUCGCUGCCCACCGCCCCCCCCAGCCCCUCGCCGGCCGGCGCCCCGGGCUGCACCCCCGUCCCCGGCCUCGCGGAGCGGGGAAUUUCACACCUCCGCCUCGCUCCCGCACCCGGGGAGCCCGUGUGCCAGCAGCCCUGCCACGGGGCGCCGCGGCCGGAGAGGAGCCGGCGGCGGAGCCCGGGGCCCCGGGCGCCCCCCGGGUCGUCCUCCCACUCCCGGAGCGUGCUCCUCCGAGCCCCCUCGCUCCCCCCAGGCGGCCGCCCGGGAAGGGCCCACGCCGGCCAGUCUCGCAGCACCGCCCCCUCCCUGCCCCGACGGCACUCGCCGCUCAGCGCCCCGGUCCCCGCGUCCCGGUGCCCGCGGCCCCGCGCGUCUCGCACCUUCCUCAGAGCGGACAUCCUCGGGCUCUGCGAGUUCAGUGGGCGCCGAGCGACAUGGCAGGGUGGCCACCCCUCAGGCCAGGCGGCGCGCACGGCACAGCCGCCGGCCCCCAGGCUCGAGGAGCCUCGGGUCCAGCGCGUCGAUCCUCAGUCUGUCUGUCCACCGCCGCGGCCACCGCCACCGCCGCCGCCGCCGCCGCCGCCGCCGCCGCGCGCUCCGACCCCGUUCGAGCCCGGCGCACGGUCGGUCCUCACGGCCGGCGCCUGCGCACUCGGCGCCCGGGGAGGCACCGGCGCACUGGGGGGCGGCUGGUGCGUGGCUCCAUCUGAGCGAGGGCCCAGCGCCGCGCGCCUAGGGGGAGCGCUCAGGCCGCCGAGCGGCUGCCAGUGA